AAUAGUAAGGGUUAUUACGCAGAUUACAACAAUUCAUUAUUUUAAUCGUUGGGGAUUUUCACUAUCAGUUUCUCAUCUGCGCUUCUAAAUGAAAGAUGGGUGGAAAAGUAAAUGCAGUCUUCGGAUUGUUUCUAAUUCAAGGAACAUUUGCAACCCUGCUAAAUGUUCGCGAAAUAAAAAACGGGACGUGCCAUUUAGAAACAUUAAAAGUAGACAUUUUGCUAGACUGUGAUGUGAGAGAAUACCAAAUACAGAUCGUAUUCAACAACACCCUGGUACAGUGCUCUGUUACUAGUGGCGAACCACAGUGUCACGUGGACAGCUCAGCAAACUCAGUGUACAACACAAGCAGCAAUAUCAUGACGUUCAGCACACAAUUCAACCACACAAAACACGCGGGAAAAAAGAUGUGGAUUAAGUCUUCCUGCACCAAUGGAACGGAAUAUGUGCCACUUUUACCUUGUGUCUCAGGCUUCAAAGCACACGCUCACCACAACACCACUCACGUGAUGAUAGCUUGUGAGCACUCGUCCUUUAAUGAUUCGAACACCGGAAUACGGAUACAUGGUAACGAGACAUUGUCGAAAUGUUCAUGGAACAAAUCAUCUCAGGAAAACAUUUGCACCUUUGGGGCGACAGCUCUGGCGGAUGGCGUUCAAUAUACUACCCCGUAUAAACAAGGAAUGAAACUCGCCUGUUCAUUGGAUGGUCAGACUAUUCCGAUCUCACCACAAGCAGAGAAUAACAAAGGCAAUGAAGAGAGUCUUAGUUUGCCAAACUUUACCAACGAUGCUGUCAACGGGAAAGUAGAGGAAACCCAAUCUUCAGCGAGCGAAAACGAGAUGAAAGUGCAGACUACAUGCAUCCUUGCUGUUCUUCUAUAUAUCGCUUGAGAUGUAUUUGUAUGAAGAAACCUUUAAAAACAAGUCAACAGGGGGUGGUAACUGGGCACCUGGUUUCACUUUUAGGGCGGCAAGGGUUCGUGUUUGCCCUUCUGCUAAUCGUACAUUCUGUAUGCGAGUUACAAUGGGAUUUAUCACUGCUUUAAACAACAUGUUUUGACUCCAUGUAAAUGUGUAUGCCGUUUCCCGAGUAAAGAAUAUGCAUGUUCAUAUCUGUUGAAUAAACUAUUUAUUUUGUCAGUUUUUAUCAAACGUAUAAUGUUUUACAUAAUUUCAUGUUGCCUAUCUCUACAACAAUAUUUAUCGGAUAUGCACUCAUCGAAACAAAGCAGAGGAUCGAUGAGGUAUGACAAACGCACCUGGGUAUAUUUUGCUAAGACAAAAUAUUAAUGAUUAUGACGAACUUACUUGGUAAGAUAGGCCUGUCUAAAGUGCCUUCAGGUCACAGAUAAACAUCGGUAUUCAGGAAAACGAUUACGAUUACGAUAUACUUCAAAUGAUAAUAUGAAUGUAAAAAUUGAACCACAAUAUUUGUUGUAUACUGUGAAAAUAAAAAAAUAAAAAUUUAACAAU